AUGUCUCUAGAAUUCCGUUAUCAAUCAGCAUCAACGGACUACCAAAAAAUACAAACAGAACUCGCAAGUUUCGUGGAGAAUCGCACUCGUCUCGAUGCCCAGCUUUCUGAGAAUGAGAUGGUCAAAAAGGAAUUCGCGCACUUGACCCCUAGUAAUGUUGUCUAUAAACUUGUAGGACCUGUAUUGGUACCUCAAGAUCAGAAUGAGGCCAAAACCAAUGUGGAGACGCGCCUGGAAUUUAUCAAGAGCGAAAUAAAACGUGUAGAUGCACAGAUAAAUGACGGCGAGGACAGAUCAGAGAAAAAGAAAAAUGAGCUUGUCGAAAUUCAAACGAAGCUUCAGCAGGCUCAAGCUAAGCCAAACGCUUAG